AUGGAUGGAUGGGAAGAGCCUGAAACCUGCGUCAAUUUCCCGCUCUAUCUUACUAUUAAUAUUUCGGGCUGUACCUCGAUUCCCUCUUCCUUUGUAUUCUCUGAUCAUAAUAACAAACACAUCCGCAUCCCAGCAGAUCCGAUCGGAUCUCCCUGCCAGUCUCGACUCUCCAGGCCGCCAAGUCACGAGCCUUCUGCCGCUCUGCUGUUUUUGUCUCUUAUUUACUUUCUCUCCUCUUCCUCCCCUUCUGUCAGGCCCCUCAGCGGUGCCAGUCUCUCCACCAAGUCUACGCCCUCUCUGAAUCAUACCGGACCACGUUCUGCGCUCUGA